AUGGAAACUCAGAGGAUUCUCAUCACAGGUGCAACCGGUUACGUUGGUGGCAGCGUGUUAACAACGAUACUCUCAAAUCCAUCCCUCGCGGAACUCCCCAUAACAGCCCUGGUCCGCACUGAAUCUCAAGCCUCGACUCUAUCCUCCCUAGCCGUAACACCUCUUCUCUUCUCAAACCUCGACGAUACAGCGUUUCUCACGGAAGUCGCUUCGACACACGAUAUCGUCAUCCACGCAGCAAACGGUUAUCAUGUGCCUUCCGCCCAAGCCUUCAUCCGCGGUCUCGCACAGCGGAAGCGCCAAACAGGGUGUGACGUUCACUACAUUCACAACUCGGGAACCUCCAACUUUGGUGACAGACCUGUGUCCAAAGCUUACAUUGAGAGGAAAGUAUUUUCGGACAAAGAUGGUGUUUAUUAUUAUGAAAAGAUGAGGGAAAGCAUUGAGCCGUAUCAUCAACGGACUGCUGAUGUUACGGUCUUUGAACUUGGUGAAGAGUUGGGUGUCAAGACGUAUAUCAUCUGCUCCCCUUUGAUCUAUGGUAAAGGAACAGGUUUGUUUAAUAAGUCGUCGAUUCAGAUCCCGACAAUGGUUCGGGCUGCUCUUGAGAGGGGAAGGGCAAUGUAUGCUGGUGACGGGCUGGGAGUUUGGGAUCACACGCAUGUUGAAGACAUUGCAGCGCUUUACACGCUCAUAUUAACAAAGAUCGUUGAAGACGAAGAUGUAGCAUUUGGGAAAGAAGGUUUCUUCUUUGCAAACCAUGGUAAACAGUCCUGGCUUGACAUAGCGAAGGAGAUUGCAAGAGUUGGCCAUCAACGGGGCAGACUCGCCGCUGAACCAGAGAGCGGCGAGUUGAAGGAGGUUAGCAAAGCAUGGUUCGACGGUGAUGAGCAUCUCACUGAGCUUGGACUGUGUUCAAGAUCAGAGACCAUAAGCGAUCGCAGUCGCGAGUUGGGAUGGGAGCCUGUGAAGGAUGAUUCGAAGUGGAUUGAGACUGUGACUGAGGAAUUUGACGUUGCUCUUGGAGCUAUGGCCUGA